CAUUCAUCAGCUCACCUACCCACAACCACACCAGGAAACGAAACAAAUACGAGCGAGCUCGAUCACACUUCAGUUCACGAGCGUCAGUGUAGUCAGCGUCAGGCGAACAACCACCACCAGCAAGCCAUGACCUUCCGCGGCUCAUCCCUCCUCCUCUUCCUCCUCCUUGCGCUAGCGCCGGCCAUCCAAGUCCAAGCCGCUCCCACCGCCGGCGCGCCGGUCGUCGACACGGUGGCGGACUCGUGCAACGCGAUCCGCGACUUCGUGGACUACGCCUUCUGCGCCGCCGCGCUGCGGUCCAGCGGGCCGGGCGCCUCCACGGCGGAUCGCCACGUGCACCUCCUCGUCGCGGCGGACCUCGCCGCGGCGGGCGGGACGUCGGCGCGGGACGCCGCCACCGCGAUGGCGCGCGACGAGCGGGACCCGGGCGCGCGCGACGGGUUGGAGGCGUGCGGGAUCCUCUACGGGGCCACCUCCGUCCCGGCGCUGCAGUUCAUGCGCGGCUACGCGGCGGCGCGGGCGUGGGACCGGGCGCGCUCGCUGCUGUCGCUCACCGGGCAGGCCGGGAUCGGCUGCGAGGCGGCGCUCGCCGGCGCGCCGGAGGCCAAGGGGAGGAUGGCCGCCGCCAACCGCGAGUUUGACCAGCUCAGCACCAUGGCCACCGCGCUGCUCAACAGGGUCGAUCGUCAGGGGUGACGUGGCAGCAUGCCACCGCCGUCGACCGGCGCACCGUAGUUCUUCUUGUGUUAAUAACCAGAGUUCCUUGUGUUGAUUAUUACUACGUACUACUAGUUCCUUGAUCAAACUAGUAAGCCCGCGCAUGUAAAAUUUAAAUUAUGAAUACUCAAGGCUCACAGUUUGAGUUCACAUGAAGCUACCUUUUCUAAUCGCGUCAA